AUGUCGAGCAACACUCGGAACUACGACUUCCUCAUCAAACUUCUCCUUAUCGGCGAUUCCGGUGUAGGAAAGUCAUGCUGCCUCCUCAGAUUUAGCGAAGACUCCUUCACCCCUUCGUUCAUUACGACGAUUGGUAUCGAUUUUAAGAUCCGCACCAUCGAACUUGACGGAAAGAGGGUGAAGCUUCAGAUUUGGGAUACCGCCGGCCAAGAACGCUUCCGGACCAUCACGACAGCGUACUACCGAGGUGCCAUGGGUAUUUUGCUUGUCUAUGAUGUCACCGACGAGCGGUCCUUCAACAACAUCCGGACUUGGUUCUCCAACGUAGAACAACACGCUAGCGAGGGCGUCAACAAGAUUCUGAUCGGCAACAAAUGUGACUGGGAAGAGAAGCGUGUCGUAUCGACAGAACAAGGCCAGGCCCUCGCCGACGAACUCGGUAUCCCCUUCCUAGAGGUCUCCGCCAAGAACAACAUCAACAUCGACAAGGCUUUCUACAGCCUCGCCGCCGAUAUCAAGAAGCGACUCGUGGACAGCGCCAAGAACGAGCAACCGAACGCUGCGGUCAACGUUGCGGAGAAGGGAGCCGGUGGCUUGGGUGGAAAGUGCUGCUAG